AUGCCAACGGUUCCUGCAUCGGCCGCAACGACGCCUACCUCCCAAGCUGACCGUGUAUCCAUCUACUACCAGUACGUGAGGGGACUGAGGACGAAAAUCAACGAUUUGUUUCUGGCUGUGGCGGAUUGCAACUACGACGUCAUAAUACUGACCGAGACCGGAUUAAACGAUUGCAUCGAUUCUCUGCAAAUUUUCGGAUCGUCAUUCAGUGUGUUUCGCUGUGACCGAAAUCGUAUAAACAGCAACAAGACAAGUUUCGGCGGAGUCCUGAUAGCAGUUAAUCAUCGUUAUUCCUGUGUGCAAGUCCGCACAUGUUUUGGUGAAAGACUUGAGCAGAUAUUUGCUGAUAUCACCAUUGGGUGUCGUCAUCUAUUGGUUGGUGCCGUCUAUAUUCCGCCUGAUCGUAGCCACAAUGUGGAACUGUUUGACGAACAUGUAGCCUCCGUCCGUGAACUGUGCGACAUUGCUUCCUUUGAUGACCAUGUGCUGAUUUGCGGGGAUUAUAACCAGCCCCGUCUACAGUGGAUUCAGAAUGCUGAUGAUAACGUGCUGAUUGCUGACACUUUGUCUGUUCCUGCAUCAAGUGCUGCACUGCUGGACGGAAUGGAUUUCAUGAAUAUGACCCAGAUUAAUUACCAUCGUAAUCAAUUAGAUCGUACACUGGACCUUGUGUUCUGUUCCGAUAAUUAUAAACCAAACGUCAACCCUGCUGUAGUUGCUUUGUUGCCCGUUGGUACGCAUCAUCCUCCGUUGGAAAUAUCUAUCCCAUCGCGACGUGAAUUCCCGACUGAUUACUCGCACGGUACAGACGAUAAGCCAGGCCUGGAUUUUGGUAAGGUAGAUUAUGAGUUACUCUGCAGUGAUCUUCAAAAUAUCGAUUGGGAUUGUUUAAAUGUGAGUCAGAAUGUUAACGAAAUGGCGAGUAAAUUCUGUUUUAUCGUUCAACAAUGGUUGCAAGCCAAUGUUCCUGCUCAGCGGCCCCCAAAGUCACCUGCUUGGAGUACCUCGUUACUUAGAAAGCUGAAACGCGAGAGAAAUACCAGUCAACGAAAGCAUCGUGCUCAACGGUCUCUGGAGAGCAAACUUCGUUUCCAAUGUGCUAGUAAUGCUUACUGCAGCUUGAAUUCGGAUUUGUAUAAGGCCCACGUAAUGAGAGUGCAAACCAAUCUCAAGCGUAAUCCCAAAAGCUUUUGGAAGUUCGUCAACAGUAAAAGGAAAAACUCAUCUAUUCCAAAGAAUGUGGUAUAUGACAACGCUGAAGCGAAAACAUCUGCGGAAUGUUGUGAACUCUUUGCAAGAUUUUUUGAAUCCGUAUUCAAUCAAAGCUCUGCCACCGACGCCGAAGCUGCAUCCGCCUCGUUAGACGUUCCAUUGGACUUGAUAGCCUAA